AUGACCAGGAGAUGACUUAAAAGAAAAGUGGAUGAACUGUUGAUGAUAAUGAUUCUCAUUUUCUACAAAUGGGAACGUGACAACUAACACCAUUGAAAAUGAUAGCUGUUGCAAGUGGCAAUGUGAUGGUUGAAAGCAUAGGUCUUCAUGUCUUCUUUUGAACCUAUAUAUCUCAUUGUUCUCCAUUUCUUCUAGGCAUACAAGCUUUCUGCCUUUUGGUUGAUGCGCAGUGCGAAGGAAGAGGAGAGCGCCAUGAAAAUCCUGAGUAAGCAAACCUUGAAGAGAAUACAGUUCUUGAAAGGGGGAAAGAAAGUUGUGCACAGCCCAACUGCAGUCAGUGCUCGAAGAAAAGCACCUUUGAGUUGCUGCACAAGAUAUGUCCUAAAGCAGUUAGUUUGGAAGGUCAAGGCACAGUGCAGACAAGCUUUAAGGUGGCAAAGAAGCAGUAUGCAAUUCAGUUAUGAUUUCCACAGCUAUUCUCUCAACUUUGAUGAUGAUGUUUCCAACAGGAGGACCAGGACCAUAUCUUGUUGAUUCUCUCUGAUUAAGUUUUGCCAUCCUCUCCAAACAGGUCUUUUCAUGAGUUGCUUCCAUGGACAAUUCUUGGAAUUUGUAAAGAAGGUUUCUCAUCAACUUUAGCUUGAAUCAUCCAUGUAUGCUUUCUAUUUGUACAGAGAAACCUUGUAUUCUUACAAUUAUCUGGAUUUAAUUGAAAAAAACGAAAAAACCCGUAUUCAUAUU